GCUUUUGUAGUGAGCCAGCCCCCUCGAGCCAGCAGGUCCUGCCUCCCCUCCAGCCCCUCCGCCAUGGGGGUGUGUUCGGUCUGGAGCUAGAAGCGUUGUUGUCCCAGUCCCAGGGGACUGUGAGCCUUGGGGUAUGGAGUCAGUAUCUGGGGCCCCUGGGGGAGACUCAGCACGGGGGAGGCGCAGCACAGCAGGCCCCCUCACUCCCAGGGCAGGCAGCGCGGGUACUUGCCCUGCCUUGGCCGGGGGCUGAGCCGGGACCGUUCUCUGCCCCUUCGCAGCCCCGCGGCACCGCCCCCUGGCGGGCCCCGUCUGCCCGCCGCCCUCGGCCCGUCUUACCCCGCUCCCGGCUGCAGCAGCUGUUCAGUGUCUCGGCCGCCGGGCAGCGGCUGGUGCCCGUGGGAAGCGCCUGCGCGCUGCGGCCGCUCGCUGCCUGCCCCUGGCGGCUUCCUGCCUAUUUUAGUCCAAGCGGCCGCGGGUGGCAGCUGGUGCGGGGAGCAGCCGCCGAGUCCCAGCGACGGCGCCCCGGGGACCCUGCGCGGGGCCAGUUGGAUUGGUUAUUCCAACCACUCUGAAUUUUCAUAUGAUUUUCCUGCGAGGCUUGCUUGCUACAGGAUGUGUACUUUUCAUCAUCUGGGCCAUUCUGUACCGCUGUGCUUUGGAUAUAAUGAUCUGGAAUUCGGUGUUCUUGGUUGUCAACUUCCUGCAUUUUAUAUAUCUACUGUACAAGAGAAGACCGAUCAAGAUAGAGAAGGAAUUCAGUAGUCUGUACAAGAGAAUGUUUCAACCACUCCACGUACCUCCAGAACUGUUCCAGAGAUUAACUGGACAAUUCUGCAACAUUCAGACUUUAAAAACAGGUCAAGCAUAUGCUGCAGAGGACAAAACAUCAGUUGAUGAUCGACUAAGUAUCCUGCUAAAGGGAAAAAUGAAGGUCUCCUAUCGAGGGCAUUUUCUGCAUAAUAUUUACCCCUGUGCCUUUAUAGAUUCUCCUGAAUUUCGAUCAACUCAGAUGAACCGGGGUGAGAAAUUCCAGGUCACCAUUACUGCAGAUGACAACUGUAAGUUUCUGUGCUGGUCCAGGGAACGACUGACUUACUUUCUGGAAUCUGAACCAUUCCUUUAUGAAAUAUUUAGGUAUCUUAUCGGUAAAGAUAUUACAAACAAACUCUACUCAUUGAAUGAUCCAACACUAAAUGAUAAGACUUCCAAAAAAAUGGAGCAGCAGCCCAGCCUUUGCUCACAGCUUUCUGUGAUGCAGAUGAGAAACAGCAUGGCUAGUUCCAGUGACAGUGAAGAUGGCUUGCAGCAGUUUCUUCGUGGGUCUUCCACCGCUUCCUCUCUUCGCCGGACAUCUCCCUAUAUGAGAGCUUCAGCAAAAAUGAAACCGAUAGAAGAAAGUGGUGAAGAUGAUGUCUUUGAACUACCAUCUGCUGUUAAGCCUGAAGUUCAGUGACUGCCUUGAGUAGACAUGGUGCUGUAGACAUGGCAAAAGCAAGAAGCUUAUUUUGAUGGGAUUCUGAAAACUAUCAGCACCCUUUACUUUCAGAGAAUUAUACCACAAUAUACCUGUGUGAGUGGCUUCUAGGUAAAGAUGCCAAGUUUUAUUUAUUCUCCUUUUAAAAAAAAAAAAAAAAAAAUUAAAAAGACAUAGUAUUUUUACUUAUUGGCCAUGAUUUUUGAAUGGUUGUAUUUUCACUUUAGCUCUCUGCCUAGUUGAAUUCAAUUUUAAGCAACAGACUAGUCUGAAAUUUUAUUUGCUUAUUGAGGACCACUUUCAAAAUCGCCCAAGUCCCAUUUUUCUAAGCCACUUAUGAGCCUAAGUCCCAGUGAAAGUGAAUGGGAAUGUUUGGAAAAUUUGACCCAAUAUCAUUUGUACUGAACACCAUAGUUAUUAAUAUUGCAAUUUCAAAAUGAAGUUAAUACAGUUUUUUGUGUGUGCAUGAAAGUGUGUGUUUAUAUUUUACACACACAAAACAAUUUAAAAAGAACAUUAAAGUUGCACAGCCAAGCACUCAAAAGUUAGGAAAAGCCAGAAUUAAGUUUCCCAUGCAACCUAUAUUUGGCCCCCUUAUGUGUAUGCAUUAUGAUGCAAUUUUUAAUUACGUGAUCACAUUCUAUUUUCCACAAGGAUUUGGCAAAAUGUAUAGAUUUGACACAAAGGCCAUCCUUCUGCCAAAUUUCAAGUCUCCGCUCUAAUGCAUGGGGGUUCUAAAGCAUCUUUAAAAAAAAAAAAAAAAUCACCAGAAUUUUUAAACGUGGCCAAAAUAAUGUAUUUUUCCCUAGUUUUGUUCUUGGAAAUAGCUGCACCGUUUUGGCUAAAGUUUUCCAAAAAAGUUCUCCUGAGGGAGACACCCACUAUGGAAAAUUUCAGCCCAAACAGUUAUGGUCUGGCAAAAUUAUAAGUAGUUCAAAAAAGGGCCCUUCAUAAUGGGAAGUGUUGGGCAGCCUUAAUAAUAGGUGGUGCUACCAGCUCCACCUACAGUGUGUGUGUACAUGCCUAAAUAACAUCAAUGUAUUUAUCACAAUAAUAAACUGUAUUCAUUGUCAAAGAACAUAAUGGCAGAUACAACAGUCUAUGUAAAAAUUUAAGAUGACAGAAUGUGGAGACUAGAAUAUGACAAAUAAUGAGAUUGUGGAUAACCGUGGGAGUCUGGCUUAAACUCACUCUGAUCUUUUUACUGUGAUCAUCGUCCUAGUAUUGCCAGUGAAGCUAAGCCUAAGAGUGUCCUUGAAUCAGCCUGUGCCUAUGGUAUAUAAUCUGUUUUUACACUGUUCUGAAGCUCUUGCAAUGCCAAAGCACAACACUUGUUUUUGUGGCUUUAAAUUUAAUUUUUAAUGUUACUUCAGUGUGUCUUGUGGCUUGUUUUUUGCAUAUUAAAAAUUCUCAUUGAGGUGAGCCAUAGUUACCAGUUUAUGUAAAUAUAUGUUAAAUACAUUUUACAUCUCACAUGUAUGCAAUAGAUCACGCUGGCCCCUUUUGGAGUGGAGGUGAUUUACCGUAUAAAUUCACUGAGUUUUGUAAAAACCUUUAUUUACUUCGUAGACAAUAAGAGCUCCUUUUGGAUCCAUUGCCAUCUCUUGUAUAAGUACUUAAACCGGUUAUAAAGAUACAGAUCUGAUAAAAUCACCGCGGCUAGGUAUAAGCUCAAUGAGUGUUGUGUGGUACUAGCAUUAUCCGCAUUUAAGACAAACUUAAAGACAUGAAAAAGGUUAUGCCACAUUUAUAGUAGCUGAUUGUCAAAUAACUGUACAGCAUGACCUUUUAAAAAGAAAAUACUGUAGAUAGCCAGAGGACUUGAUAUGUUAGGGACAAGUCUGCAACAUUUAUUUUCUAAACAAUAAAAAUGUUUGAAUUAAAGGAG